AUGGCAACAAAAUCUACUGUUUUAACAUCAAAUAAUACUAAACAUCAAAAUGAAGAAGAAUUAACAAGUUUAACAUGGUUAACUGAAUUAAAAAAUCAAGGAUUACAUUGGCCAAAUUCAAUUGUCAAAUCAAUAUUUAAUAAUUAUAAUUCAAUAAACAAAAAACAAUCAGCAGCGGAUCGCUUUAACAAAUUUAUUGAACAAAUUAAAAAAAUAAAGAAAGAAUAUGAUAAUUUUUCAUCUGUUUAUGAAAUGGAUACAAAUGAGAAGCCACCAUUUAAUUAUUCACAAAUAAUUGGUAUGGCAAUGUUGGAAAAUGGUAGAAUGACUUUACAACAAAUUUGCUCAUGGAUUGAAAAUAAAUUUGCAUAUUAUAAAAUACGAAAAAAUUGGAAUAAUUCAAUAAGGCAUAACUUGUCAUUACAAUUCUGUUUUCGUAAAAUUAAUCGUAAUAAAUAUGAAAAAGGUAAAGGUGGAUACUGGGAAUUAGCAAUGGAUGUAACAAAAAGUGAACGCAAACGUAUAAGAAAUCGCAAAUCAAGAAAUAUAAAAAAAACAUCAUCAUCAUUAAUAUCACCACCACAAUCUACUAAUUAA